AGUUGUAUAUAUUCAUCAUCAACGUCGUACCUGUCAACCUGCGUCUGUUUUCCCUUUCUCACAUCUCUCCUCUCCUCUUCUCUUCUCAGCACAGCUAAAGCUUUCAACUUUCAACCUCUUCUGAAUCCAAAUAACCUUUUUCUCUUUCCAACACACACUCUCUCUCUCUCUCUCUCUCUCUCUCUGUUUUUCGGUUUCCUCUGAUCAUGGGUCGUCCACCCAGUAAUGGGGGCCCAGCCUUUCGCUUCACCCAGCCUGAGGUAUCAGAAAUGGAAGCUAUUCUUCAAGAACAUAACAAUGCUAUGCCGUCACGUGAUGUUCUUACAGCUCUUGCAGAGAAAUUCAGUGAAUCACAAGAUCGUAAAGGCAAGAUUUCAGUGCAGAUGAAGCAAGUUUGGAAUUGGUUUCAAAAUAAGCGAUAUGCGAUAAGAGCAAAAUCAAGUAAGACUCCUGGGAAGUUAAAUAUUACACCCAUGCCUCGGGAUGAUUACAAUUCAACCCCAAUAAGGAGUAUGCCUCAACAACCAACAGCUGCUUCAAUUCCUGCUGCUUCUGCUACAGUUCCAACAGCAGUAAAGGCAACUACAGAAAAUUCAGUUAUGGAAUUUGAAGCUAAAUCUGGAAGGGAUGGAGCAUGGUAUGAUGUGGCUACCUUUCUAUCACACAGAUAUUUGGAAACCAGUGAUCCGGAAGUGCUGGUACGAUUUGCUGGUUUUGGACCUGAGGAAGAUGAGUGGAUUAACAUUCGAAAGCAUGUUAGGCCACGCUCAUUGCCUUGUGAAUCAUCAGAAUGUGUUGUAGUCAUCCCUGGUGAUCUCAUACUUUGUUUUCAGGAAGGUAAGGAGCAAGCCCUAUACUUUGAUGCCCAUGUCCUUGAUGCUCAAAGGAGAAGGCAUGAUGUACGAGGCUGUCGCUGUAGAUUUCUAGUUCGUUAUGAUCAUGAUCAGUCAGAGGAAAUUGUGCCGCUUAGGAAGAUUUGUCGCCGGCCCGAAACCGAUUAUCGGUUACAGCAACUUCAUGCUGUGAAUGAGGCAGCACCUGUGGAUCAGCAGAAGACUGACAUGGAUCCAGCAGCAAAUGUUAAUGCCGUGAGGGCUACUACUACUGAAACAGUGCCAAAGCAGCUGAUUGCAGCAAACAUUCAUAUGGAGACGACGCCAGUUCCAGUUGUGCAAACAAAUGUUCCUCAACAACCUCCACAAAGUAUGGAUAUGGAUGUGGAUCAAAAGAAAGCUGAAACAAUUGCUGAUGUUCAAGCUGGAAAUUCCAUCAUCACCCCAGGCAGUGUUGUUACUAACAUCAUUACUACAAGCAGUGUUCCUGAAGUCUUUAGUCAGACUCAGAACAUGGUUGAAUAAAAUUUCUGUUUCAUUUUUCCAAACUUGAUCAGACUUGAGUGCGUUCUUUUAGUUUUUUAGAACUGUUAACUAUCUGGUGUAGUUUAUGUUCAGCAAACAAUGCUUAUAAGUGACUUUCUCUUGCUGUUUUAUUUGAACCAUAGGAAUUAAAAAGAAAAAAAAUGAGGUUAUACAAUUAUCGAGCA